AUGGUCCGUCCUUGCUGGGCCGCUGACUCAGCCCUUUCCACUUUCACACUCGGAUCACGGCCUUCUACUGUCUCUAAUAACAAAUAUCUAUAUCGAUCGAGGAGGCCGUGGUGGCCGUACGGUGUGCUCGAUAAUGAGCGGAUCCAAAGAGGUUCCCAUCUAAUCUCCAAAUGUCAAUCGCUAACGCCUACUUCUAUUUCAACUAGGACGUGGAUAAAGCAGGCACUGGUGACAGAGAGAUUAAACUGA